UCUGGCUUGAUUAACAAGUACAAAUAAUGAUAUCAAUAAUCGUUUCAAUUUCAUAAGCAAAAUGGUUACAUAAGAUGAUUGUUUUUUUUUUUUUUUCUUUAAUAUUACAAUUAAUAAUAUAUAUGAUGAGCUAGGGAAGAUCAUUCUUGUUUCCAAGUCUCAACUGCACCUUCCUUCCUAUCAAUCUCUCUGUCUUUCUUCACUACUUUUGUACAGCUUUAAUUAGCUUUUUUGGCUCAUCUUUUGUCCGGCCAAUAUACCUUUUUCGUUUUGGCUUUUCUUUGGCCAAACUUCUUUUCCUAUGUAUAAAAAAACGUGUACAUCCCAAGUUUCCAUUGCUUAGUAAGAUUUUUCUCUUCUGGGUUUUUCUGAGUUUUGAUUGAGUCUUGUGUCUAUAUUUUCAUAUUGAUGCACUGUAAUUUUACUCUUAUUUGAAGUUUCUUCCUAACUCUGUUUUGGCUUUACUUGUUAAUUUGUUUUAACUUUUUUUUUUCCUGUUUAUUUAGUUUUUUCGCUUCCAAUUUCCUUAUUGGGCAGUUUUUAGUUGUACUUUUUCUAUAUGUUGAAAUUUCGUGGAUAAUAAGAAUACCCAACUUCUGGAUUAGAAACUCGGUUGUCUUUUUUCAUGCUUCAGGUGUUUGAAAACACUGCCACUGUAGCUUCAAACCUCUAUAUUAAAAGCCAGUCUUUUGCUUCAAAAUCAAUUCUAAGACCCAUUUUUUCUUUUCAGCUCUGACAAUAAUUUCAACUUUUUUUAUUUGGGUAAAGUGUUUAUGGAGUUGAUUAAAGGUAUCAGUUUUGGUGGGUUUCUUGUUUCCCUCUUGUUCUUCAAUGUUCUGGUGAGUACAGUGUUUGGAAUUGGAGUCAACUGGGGAACACAAGCAACGCAUCCUUUGCCUGCCCCUACGGUGGUGAAGAUGCUGAAGGACAAUGGUUUCGAAAAGGUUAAGCUUUUCGAUGCUGAUCCGACAAUAUUGAAUGCUCUUGGAAAGUCUGGGCUUCAGGUCAUGGUGGGAAUCCCAAAUGACAUGCUUGCUUCACUGGCUGGUAGUGUCCAAGCAGCUGAGAAUUGGGUUGCCCAGAAUGUUUCCUCACAUAUCAACUCCAAUGGUGUAGAUAUAAGGUAUGUUGCAGUUGGGAAUGAACCAUUCUUGUCGACAUACAAUGGAACCUUCCUUGCAACAACUUAUCCUGCCCUUCAAAACAUCCAGUCAGCCCUUAUAAAAGCUGGUUUGGCCAACCGUGUUAAAGUCACUAUCCCUCUAAAUGCAGAUGUAUAUGGCAGCUCAUCUCAAAACCCUUCGGAUGGUGACUUCCGUUCAGACAUCCAUCCUCUCAUGCUGGAAAUUGUCAAGUUCUUGAGUGACAAUGGAGCUCCUUUCACUGUGAACAUUUAUCCCUUUAUAAGCCUUUACAAUGAUCCAAAUUUCCCUACUGACUAUGCCUUCUUCAAUGGCUACUCAACUCCUAUAAAUGACAAUGGAAGGAUCUAUGACAAUGUGUUCGAUGCAAACCUUGAUACCCUUAUAUGGUCCCUACAGAAAAAUGGAUAUGGAAACUUGUCCAUAAUCAUCGGAGAGAUAGGAUGGCCUACUGAUGGAGACCGAAAUGCAAACUUACAGAAUGCUCAACGGUUCAACCAAGGGUUUAUGGCUCGAUAUAUCAAAGGGACAGGGACUCCAAUGAGACCUGGGAAGUCGGAUGCUUACUUAUUCGGCCUUAUUGAUGAAGAUGCUAAAAGCAUUCAGCCAGGGAACUUCGAACGACAUUGGGGUAUAUUCUACUUUGAUGGAACAGCCAAGUAUCAGUUUAACCUCGGGACUUCCUCAAAAGGAUUAGUCCCAGCUAGUAACGUACGCUAUCUAGCCAAGAAAUGGUGUAUAUUUUCUCCAUCAGCAAGCCUUGAUGAUCCUCAAGUGUCACCUAGUGUGGCUUAUGCUUGUGCAAAUGCUGACUGCACAAGUCUUGGAUAUGGCACUUCUUGUGGAAAUUUGGAUGCCCGGGGAAACAUUUCGUAUGCGUUUAACAGUUACUUUCAGACACAAAAUCAGGCAGACACUGCCUGUAAAUUCCCAAGCAUUUCGGCUAUCACUACCCAAGACCCGUCCCCCACCCAAGGAGACUGCAAGUUUAGGAUCAUGAUACAAACAACCAGUUCUGGUGGUGGUGGUGGCAGCAGCAGCAGCAGCAGCAGCAGGAGCAGCAGUGGAGUUGGGUUUCUUAAGAAACCGGUUAGCAUGAUGCUGUUUAUGUUCAUGUUUUUCUUUACGAUUCUGUGAUUCCUGGGCCUCUUUUGUACAUUGCUUGUUUUUUUUCCCCCCCUCCUUUUUUUUCUUUUUUCAUUUUGUAUAUUUAUGUCCGACUGUAACGUAUUCAAAUUCCAAGCAUAGAAAGUUAGCUUCAAGUUUAGAUUUGAUCAGCGUGAUAUAAACAUGGAUUCAGAAAUAUUUGUGUAUUCAAUUUUAUAAGAAUCCAGGUGUGGAUUUUAAAAAAUUGAAAUACUAGUUUAUUAUAUUAUUCAAUAUGGAUUUUUUAUUUUUA